CCUGACAGGAAAUAAAAUGUCACUUACUGUUGACAUAAACAAUGUUUAUGUUUGUUUCUGUGAAUAAUGGAGUGUGUAAAUAAAAAUAAGUAAACUUUAUUUAUAUUGCACCAUUCAUUGUUAGCAUGAAUCAAACCAAAGAUGGUAAGAACAGCUAAUAAAGACAAAAGUUGAACAUUUAACUAAAAGUUUGUCUGAAUAGCAGUUAAUUAAGCUUCUUUUUAAAAGAAUCAACAGAUUGAGCCACACAGAGAGAAACAGGGCGGCUGCAGUCUGAGUGAAUAACACCAGUUUAAGUCGGGUCUUCGGUUCAGAAGGUUUUGGGCUGAGGACUGAAGAGUACAGGCUGAAGAAUAAGAGGUCAACAUUUUGCACAUGGCUGGCCUGUCCAUUUAAAGCUCUAAAGUUGGGACAGAAAUUUAGAAAAUAAUCCAAAAUGUAACCAGUAGCCAGAGUAGAGAAGAUUAAACCUGUGACUUUCUGUUAGUUCCUGUUUAAAAGUCUCACUGCAGCCUUUUGGGCCAGCUGGAGAAGAGUGAUAGCAAAUUUAUUAAAUCAAAUAAAAAGAGUUACAAGAAAUAAAAUCAACUUUAAUGUCUCUUAUUUGUCUCUGCAGCAGGAGCCAGUGGAGAAUUGCAUCUUUAUCGCAGAGCUGGAGAAGAUGUUGUUCUACCUUGUGUCAUUCCUUCACGUUUCGCAUGCUCCAUUGUUAUAUGGAUGUACAACAGACAGAGAACCAACACUUACUUGGAUGUUUAUGAUGGUAAAGUUGUUCAGAGUUCACCUCGAGCUUCCAGGUUAGAUGUGGACAGUAACUGCUCUCUGAUCAUCAACAACAUCACUGCUGAUGAUGCUGGAGGUUACACUUGUCGUCCUGGUUCAGAAACUAUGUUUGAUAGAAAAGUUCAUCUGUUUGUUUUGACCAUUUCUCCAUCUCCACCAGAUGCUGAUCCAACAAAGGAAGAUUUCACAUUACACUGUUCUCUGAGCAGAUAUGCGGGGUUUAGUUCUUUUCGAAGGAACAUUUUCCGCUGGCUGGAUGAGACGGGAACUGAGCUGACAGGUGAAGGUGUUGGAUUGUUAUUAGAAAGACCGCGAACCUGGAAUUCCUCUCUGACUGUGCAGCAUCAGAGCGGCACCAACAGAAGUUUCACCUGCCAGUUUGUUGUAAAAAACUGCAUGAAGGUUGAAGCUCGCUACCCGCCUGGAUUUAUCGGUCUCAGGAGGCAGUCGGUCCAGAUCUACCACAGAGCUGGAGAUGUUGCUGUUUUACCCAGUAGAAAGGUUUCAUCGUCAUGCUCCACUGUUAACUGGAUUUAUGAGAGAGCUAAAGACAUGAAGAGUCAACAGGUGGUUCAGGAAGGAGUCAUUGUGCAGAAUUCGUCUCGAGCUGCCAGGCUGAGUUUGGAUGAUAAAUCUUCUCUGAUCAUCAGUAACAUCACUGCUGAGGAUGCUGGACGUUACAGCAGUCAACUUUGGGAAGGAGGCAGCUUUGAUGUAGAUGUAUAUCUAAAUAUAAUGAGAAUUUCAGACGCUGAUCCAACAAAGGAAGAUUUCACAUUACAGUGUUCUCUGUGGAGAUAUGAUAACCUGGAUCCUUGUCCAGAGAAAAGUUUCCGCUGGUUGGACGACACUGGAAGUGAACUGACCAGUAAAAAUGAUGAUCACAGCUCAACACAAAGAUGUUUUUCCUCUUUAACUGUGAAGCAUCACAGCAGCAGAAGAUUCACCUGCCAGUUUGUUGAAGGAAACAAAGUGAAGAUAGAAGCUCAAUACACACAAGUCCAUCUCUACCACAGAGCAGGAGAUGAAGCUGUUCUGCCCUGUAACAGACCUUCAUCAUCCGACUCAUGCUCCUCUGUUGACUGGAUUUAUCAGAGUAAUAAAAACAUGAACAGGAAACAGGAAGUUCAUAGAGGAAUGGUUCAGAGUUCACCUCGUUCUGCCAGGAUGAGUUUGGACAGAAACUGUUCUCUGAUCAUCAACAACAUCAUGGCUGAAGAUGUUGGACGUUACAGAUGUAGAUAUAAUACAGAUGUGUAUCUAAACAUGAUGAUCAUCUCUUCAUCUCCUCCAGCUGUUGAUCCCACAAAGAAUGAAGAGAUCACAUUAUUCUGUUCUCUGUUGAGAUUCAGAUCAUCAGGUUCUUGUCCAGAUAAAAGUUUCCUCUGGGUGGAUGAGACAGGAAGUGAACUGACUGGUGAAGGUGAUGGAUAUAAAUAUGGAGGACAGAUUGGUUGUGUUUCUAGUCUGACUGUGAAUCUUCAGAGCAGCAGAAGAUUCACCUGCCAGUUUGUUGAAGGAAACAAAGUGAAGAUAGAAGCUCACUACCAGUGUAAAGGCCCCCCCGCCUCGUCUCCUCUGAGCUUCAUCAUGUUGACUCUGAAGAUCACAGGACUGAUCCUGAUGGUUGGAAUCACUGUUGGUAUCAUCAGAACCAGAGGAAGAAAAAAGCCUCAGAAAGACGUUAAUGUUCGUUUUUCUGUUGAUGACGACUCAGUGAGCUUUGAAAAUGAUGGAGAACGUUCUGCUGCCGCCGCUCUCCACUGAGCUUCAUCACAUCCAGGAUGGUUCAUUAAAAAAGCUUCAUUUUAAUCAUUAGCUGGUACAAAAGUAUAUUUUGCAUGGAGUUAUCUGCAUAUGAGUAUUAAUUUUGAACUGUGUUGGAUUCAGUGUGUUUUAUUUUUUUAAUCCAUUAUAAAUAAUUCUAAAAGCUGUUUGAGAGAAGAAGCUUUUACUCUGUAAAUAUGUUGUU